AUUUCACUACUGAAAUUUUGUCUAAGGCUUUCCCUAGUUACUGAUACGCUCUUAGUAGGUGCGGAAGCUUCACAUUUCAAUUACUGUCGAAUAAACAACUUCUAUUUGCACACACUUAAAUCCAGCACAAUCAACUUGCUAUCAAUAUUUGUGCGCAAUCAGCUCAAUUGAUAAGUGAGAAUUCUCUCAGCGCGCAACACCAAUAAAUACCCGUCAUCGGUGCUUCAAUUAAAACAGUUCAAUUACAAAUAUCGAAAGCAAUGCUGAGCAAAGUGUGCGCAACGUUUCUUAUUAUAGCGGCAAUUUUGUACCAGGCAGCAGCGGCGAAUUUGCCGGAGCCGCAGGAUGCGCCGAACUCACCAGAUGCGGUGAACGCGCCAAAUGCGCCAGAGGAUCGCGCCAGCGAUAUCGAUGAGCGCGCUUUGAAUUUUCUAAAUGUGAACAACUGGAAUGAGAACGCCAUCGAUAACCGAUAUAAUGGCGAAGAUGCGAACGCUUUAGCCUACGCUUUGAAUAAAAUCUACACGGGUACUGCUGCGUCCUACAAGAAGAUGGUCAAGUUGCAAUUGUAUUUGUUCCAGAAAUUCGACAAUGCCGGCGAUGUCAAUGAUAAAUAUACAUUCAAUGUGGCAUACUACUUUCUGAAUAUCAAAAAGGACCAAUACUACUCCAGUUUAACCAACGCCUUGAAGCGCAGAUUGACCGAGUACAUAAGCUAUCUGCCACCUUCACUCGACUUUCUCUUCUUCCAGCCAAACUUCUGCUUAUUGAAUCGCAAAUAUUUGAAUUACAUUUAUGCCACCGAAAAGGCCAUUGAUGCCCAACGUGACUAUAUUUUCGUUUUUAAAAACGACAUCAACAAUGUGUAUAAACGCGCGUGGACAACAAAAGUUACCGACGUGUCCACCAAUCGGCAGACGAAAUUGAAAUUCGCGCUCAAGCACAACGCGUCGAAACGCUUUGCAUAUUUGGAGCGCAACAGUUAUAGAGGCGAGGCUAAUAUGGUGACUGCUUGGCACUCCAGCUUCCAGCAACCCUCCAAUGCCGACUGGAAUGUCGCACUCUACCAAAAUCAGCUGAUAUUUACACAGAAUGGACGCCUCAUCUGUGCCGGCGAUUCGCUUUACGAUAACAACCGACGCUACGUAUUUGGGCUGGGCGGAAAUGGAAAUGGCAACGACGCACCAGAAUGCCAGUGGUAUGCCAAGGAAUGCCCAUGAGGAAAGAGUGAUUAAAAUGUUAACAUCGUAAGGAAGUGGGAAAUGUACAAAUGUAACUUUUGGCGGUAAAAGACAAAGCUGAAUAAAAUUUAAUUAAAAAUGCAAA